CAACAGUGAAUAUAUACUUCUAAAAGAAAACCUAAACAUCUGAGAGAAGAUCCAGAUGGAUAAUGCGAAUUCAGCUCCGACAGGUUGCUACAAAUGCGGAAGAACCGGCCACUGGUCUCAUGACUGCCCCGACGCCCCCAAAUCGGACCCUCCAUAUCCCAGAAGAGCCGGCUCCGACAAUCCAAAUUCCGCCGGAAAGGGAUGCUACAAGUGCGGAAGACCCGGUCACUGGGCACGUGACUGCCCCGAUCAACCCAAUCCCAACGCUUCCUCCUCCAGCACCGACUUUACGUCGAAUCCGCUUCCCAGACCCGAAAACCCCAAGAAAGUAGCCAAAAGCAGAACCCGACCCAAGCUCACACCCGAACUUCUCCUCUCCGAUGAUGGUCUCGGGUACGUCCUUCGCCACUUUCCUCGGGCUUUUAGGUACCGUUGUCGUGGUCACGAGGUCCGUGAUUUGAGGAACUUAAUUGAGUUGUACAGAGAAUGGCACAAGCAUUUGAUCCCAUAUUACUCUUUCGAUCAGUUUGUGCAUAAAGUCGAUAAAGUUGCUUCUUCCAAACUUAAUUCUGAGCAUAUAUACACAUUCUUCAUUUGCUGCAUAUUUUUUGGCCAGAAUUGUAUUAAAGACUUAAGAGAGCGAAUUGCUAGAGGAGGGGAUCCUACAAAAUCGCAUGAAAGUCCAGAUGAGAUUAACCCUCCCACUGAUGAGCAAGUGGCCGGCCAGACUGGGGAACAAACUCAUGACCACCAUGAAGGAGAUCAUGUUGAUGAGAUUCAAGAAAGUAUGCUUAAUGAAAUUUACCAGAAGGCUUCUGAGGAACCAUCUCAUGACAUACACACCCCUACGGUUGCUGCUGAAGCACUUGCAGCCGGUGACUCAAGGCCACAGGAGCAAAUGCCAAAUGGUGAAGCUAACUGCUGUACUGAAAUCCAUAUUACAGAAGAACAGAGCCUGCCUCGUGUUCGAAUCACAGAAGAGCAGCGUGCUCGCAUGGAAGCUAAUAGGCUGAAAGCACUAGAAAGAGCUGCAAGCUAAUAGGCUGAAAGCACUAGAAAGAGCUGCAGCCAGAGCUCGUUCUUUGCAUUCAGCCCACUGUCGACUGUCAACUACAACUGUUUUUUGUUAUUUU